CCAUCCUUUUCAACCCCAACCGGAAGGGUCCCCAUCUCCAUUUCAGACGCGAAGAAAAGAAGGAAAAGCAGCCAAACUGUACCCUUUCGAGGAUAUUUGAAUUUCGAUGAAAAUGGACUUACAGCCUGAUUCUUCAACCAGAGAAUCUAAAAGGAAAUUUUAUAGGACGACUCUCUGUCUUGCUUAUCAGAGUUUUGGGGUAGUUUAUGGUGAUCUUAGCACAUCUCCUAUCUAUGUGUACAAAAGCACAUUCUCUGGCAGUUUACGGCCUUACCAAGAGGACCAUGAGAUAUUUGGGGUACUUUCGUUGAUUAUCUGGACUUUGACCUUAAUCCCACUUUGCAAGUACAUUAUCUUUGUCUUAGGAGCAGAUGACAAUGGUGAAGGUGGAACUUUUGCUCUUUACUCAUUGCUCUGUAGACACUCUAAAAUGGGUCUGUUGAUCAAUUAUAAUUCUGCACAUGAAAGUAUUUCCUCCUACACCUCUGAGACAUCGACCAAGGAGACAAGAACUAGCUUACUUAUAAAAGAAUUCUUCAAGAAGUACCGCAGCUCUCGUGUUGUCUUGCUGCUUGUUGUUCUUCUAGGGACUAGCAUGGUUAUUUGUGAUGGAAUCCUUACUCCAUCAAUGUCUGUCCUUUCUGCUGUCUAUGGCAUCCAAAUUAAGGUCCCAGAUUUGCAUGAAAAUUAUACAGUGUUCAUUCCUGCUUGCAUCAUCUUGGUGGGACUUUUUGCUCUUCAGCAUUAUGGAACACACAGAAUUGGGUUCCUUUUUGCUCCAAUUUUGAUCGCAUGGUUGCUUUGCCUUGCUGGGGUUGGCAUUUACAAUAUAGUCUGUUGGAACCAUCAUGUUGUCUAUGCUCUAUCACCCUAUUAUAUAUAUAAAUUCUUCCAAAAAUCGGGAAAAGCUGGAUGGAGUUGUCUUGGAGGCAUUGUUCUGUGUGUUACAGGUGUAGAAGCUAUGUUUGCUGAUCUUGGCCAUUUCUCCAAACUUUCAAUCAGGAUCGCGUUUACAGUGGUUGUAUAUCCAUGUUUAAUUUUGGCAUACAUGGGGGAAGCUGCUUAUCUCUCACAGCACAAAAUGGAUCUUCAGAGUAGUUUCUACAAGGCUAUCCCACACAAUAUAUUCUGGCCAGUAUUCAUCAUUGCAACUCUUGCAACUGUGGUGGGAAGCCAAGCAGUAAUUUCAGCAACUUUCUCCAUCAUCAGUCAGUGCAGAGCCCUGAGCUGUUUCCCCCGUGUCAAGAUAAUACACACAUCAAGUGAAAUAUACGGACAGAUAUACAUACCAGAGGUGAACUGGAUGUUGAUGAUAUCAUGCCUUGCUGUUGUUAUUGGAUUCAAGGACACCAGUAUGAUUGGCAAUGCUUAUGGCCUUGCUGUGAUCACGGUGAUGUUUAUCACAACCUGCUUGAUGUUUUUGAUCAUUAGCACCGUCUGGAAGCAAAAUGUUUUUCUUUCGUUCUUGUUCGUGCUAAUCUUUGGAAGCUUGGAACUUCUUUAUCUCUCUGCAUGCCUUGCCAAGGUACAUAGAGGAGGCUGGCAUCCGAUUCUUUUGUCUCUAAUAAUUCUGUCCAUCAUGUCUAGUUGGCAUUACGGAACGGCCAAGAAAAAUGGAUUUGAACUUCAGAACAAGGUAUCUUUGGACAGCCUUCUGAAUCUUGGCCUGGGACUAGAAAUAAAGAGGGUUCCAGGAAUCAGCCUAAUUUAUUCCAACAUCUCCUCUGGCAUUCCACCAAUGUUUUCGCAUUUUGUCGCGAACUUUCCUGCGUUCCAUAAGAUUCUCAUCUUUGUCAACCUUCACUUUGUGAUGGUCCCAAAAAUCUCUGCUGGUGAGCGCUUUCUGGUUGCCCGAAUUGGCUUACCAGAGUUUCGGAUGUUUGGGUGUAUAGUAAGGUAUGGAUACAAGGACGUGGAUGAUAGCCACAACUUCGAAACCCAGCUGAUCGAAGAAGUCAUGGAAUUCUUGAAACAUGAAUCUAGUCGUGAAGAAUUCUCGGUUACAGGACAAUCAGCAUUUCGUACCAGAGAUUUAAUGACAACAGGAAAUGAGGCUGAUGGUGGCAGAACAGGCCGGAGAAGAAAAUUGGGAUUGUGGAACUCUGGAUCAAAUGACGAGGUAAGGGAACUCAUGGAGGCGAAGGAAGCUGGUGCGGCUUACAUGAUGGCUAAUACUUAUGUCAUAGCAACAGAGACGUCAUCUUUACUGAAGAAAUUUGCAAUCAACAUUGUUUAUGCAUUUCUUAGAAGAAAUAGCAGGCGUCCUGCAAUUGCUCUUCGAGUUCCCCACACGUCAUUGAUUGAAGUGGGUAUGGUUUAUCGUGUUUAGUCUACAGCGUGAACCGGAAUGGAAAUCAUGUUCGAAAGAUGAAAUGAGACAUAAUUCAUUACUUCAGUUGCUGUCCAUCUGUUUUAGUAGGUUCUAUCCCAUCUUAGGUUGUACAGCAUUAGAUAUGCAGGAACCCUGAAGGUAUAAAACAUAUGUAUAGAUAUAUAAAUAUAACACAGGAAAAAGAAUAGAUGAGAACUUAGAAUCUGUUGAUAGGUUUACUUGUACUAGCCUUCUUUAAUCUAUAUCAUGGCUGCUUACUA